UAAAUACUUCUUCAUGCAUCUCCUCAAAUUAAAGUGAUUCUUCUACAUAACCACAUGACCAUUAUCAUACCUGUAAAAUUAACAAUUCCCUAUCAACCAACAAACAAUUGCAGUAGAUUGUAUUAUGGUUCAAAAUUAUUCAUUUUCCCCUUUCCUGGAGGUGGAUAGUAGCCUGCCCUAUAACCUUUGCACUUGGCCAUAUAGCUUCAGCAAACAUAGUGUGAGCAGCAGGAGGCAUGCUACACAGUGCAAACGCUUUUCAGUCAUUUCCUGGGGUUUGGAAUAAGAAGACACAAGGAUCAAAACAACUACCUGGAAUAUAACCAUAGUCAGCCAGCAAUACCAGUGACUUGAGCAAGAAAUAAACUUUUGUUUUAUAAACCACUAAAACUUAGGAUUAUUUGUAAUUGCUGAUUUCCCCAGUGAAUUUAGAGCUGUUUUUAAUGGUUUUUAGACCAGUUUCCAGUCAAGAUUUUUGAAUUGUAUUUGGUUGUUAUGUCUCUUAAAUCUCUUAUUCUACAACAGUCCCCCACCAAUCUUUUCCUAGAUAUUCUUUCCUCCCUCCCUUCCUUGUCCUCCUUUUUUUUUUCUUCUUGAUAAAAUUUACUUUUUGAAGAAGCCAAGUCAUUCAUCUUAUAUAAUAUCCCAUAUUCUGAAUUUGUCUGAUCAUUUUCUUUUGGUGUGUUUUAACAUUCCCUCCAAGCUAGUACUUUUCAGUCUUGACUGCACAUAGAUAUCACCUUGGGAGCUGGAAAACACACUAAUGCUCAGAUCCCCCCUGCCGAAGUUCUGAUUUAGUAGCUUGGGUUCAGCCUGGGCAUUGGGAAUUUUAAAAUAUUCUGAGUUUAUUUUAAUGUGUGGGGAAAGUUGUAACUCAUUGAUUUAAUAGAUCAGUUUUAACCCAUGAUGUUGUGUUUGUCAUGCUGCAUCACAUCAGGAGUUCCUAUAGAUUUAGGUCAUAUCACUAUUAGUUGUACUGAAUUUGAUGACUAGCUUAAGGUAGAGACAGAGCUCUCCUUUGUAACUGUAUGUUUUUCUCUUUGUAAUUAGCAAAUAAUUUGUGGGACAAUCUCAUAACAUUUUGGGAAUACCCUUUUUCCCAUAAAUCUAAUAAGUACUGGUUUUAGCAUCCAUUAGUGACCCUUGCUUGAAUCAAUACUUUCAGAGAUGUUUACAAAAAGCUGACUUUCUAAGUCUAUCAUUCUGCAUUUAAAACUAGUCAGCAUUCUUUUAUAAAGAGCUUUCCCUCAUGAAAUGGGGAUGGACUAUAGUUCCACAUAAAAAGGCAAGGUAAAUGCCUAAUUCUUUCCCUUGAAUAACCAAUUUUCAGAAUAGGAAGUUAGUGUAACAACUAUCUCCAACGGUAGCAAAAGAGCUUAGAAAUCGUGAAUUCAUAUUAAGUAAUUUUUAAAAAUUCUAAUGAACCCUAAUGAAUAUAGCGUUCCAAAACGAGGUAGGAUUUGAUUGUCUCCUGGUCAAUCAAGGGAGGAGGCUGUGGAAGUUAAAGGUGAGGAAUGAUAACUUACAGAAAGCUGACGUCAAAGCAACCGGAAGAAAGGAAGGAUGGAGGAUGUCAUGGGUUUAUGUCCUGGCUCUGCCACAUAUGUGACCUUAUAUAAAUUACUUUUCUUUUUUGAGUCUCAGAUUUCCCUUGUCAAGUGGAGAUACCAAUUCCUCCCAUGCUUCCCUCUGAAGUUAUUGUGAGCAUCAAAGAAGAUGAUGACUACCAUUUGUGGUACUAUUAUGGAGAUAUAUACACGUACAGGUGUAGAUAUGUGAAUCUUGAGUGGAUAUACAAGAAACUGGUAACAAUAAUUGUCUAAGGCACAUGAAGUUAGGAGUUAGUGAGAGAUUUUUCACCACAUAUCUUUUUAUAUUGUUUGAAUAUUUUUCUUGAGGAUGAAAAAACAAUGUAAGUAAGUAAUGAAUUUGAAAGAGCUUUAUAAAUCACAAAGCAGCACACCAAUAUUAGGGGUUUGUUGUUAAUAUUAGCCACCAGCAACAAGAAAUCAAAACUGGGUCUUUGAUUAUUUAAUAGUGUAAAAGUUGAGUAAGUUCAUUUAUUAUGCCCAUCGUUGGAAUAUUGAGUCCAUUUUUAUUUUAAAAAACACACUUUGGAAUAAUCAAUGACAUUGGAAAAUACUCAAGCUGAGUGGAAAAAAUAUAACAAUUGUAUAAGUGAAUGAUCCCAAUUUUGUGUGUUCCCUGUGUAAAAACACACAUGCACGAAGAGAGAAGAGAUGGGAAGGAACCAUCCACAAUGCUUUGAUGGGAAUAUAAAGCGUCACUUUUAUUAGUCACUUUAGUGGCACAUUAGUGGCACAUUAGUGUCACUUUAUUUAGUGACAAAUUAGUGUCACUUUAUUAGCAUAUAAAAUGUCACUUUUCUUAAUUACAUUUUCGGUAUAUUCCACAUUUUCUACAAUGAAUUAAUAAAUGCUACUUGGAAAGAAAAAGUUACAGUUACACUUUCUAACUUCGUCAGAAAGAAUUUUUUAAAACUUCGUUGAGAGUGAUUUGUAGCAGGACGGGAGGAGAAAGAAGAGCAAGCGUGGGAAGAGCACGGGAAAGAACGGAAACCGGCCGUCGUCCCCGCGUGGAAUAAGAGCUCCAAGGAGAGGCGAGAGGGAAUGCAGACCUCCGUACGGCUAGAGCGGCCACGAUGGAAAGAGAAACUUCCGGGGCGGGGCUCCCCGUCCCUUCCUUUCCGCGGGGUUGGGGGGGGAAUGUGGGCUGCUUGCAACAUUAAGGUUCGCGAUUGCUUGGUUGCAGCUUCCGUCGUUCUGAGACGGUGUCUAAGGGUGGAGGCGACCAUGGCAAAAAGCAAAUUCGAGUAUGUCAGGGAAUUCGAGGCUGACGACACCUGCCUGCCCCACUGCUGGGUGGUAGUGCGACUGGACGGCAGGAAUUUCCAUCGGUUUGCUGAUAAGCACAGCUUUGCAAAACCUAAUGACAGCCGUGCUCUCCACCUGAUGACCAAAUGUGCCCAGACCGUAAUGGAAGAACUGGAGGAUAUUGUGAUUGCAUAUGGACAGAGUGAUGAAUACAGCUUUGUGUUCAAGCGGAAAAGCAAUUGGUUUAAAAGAAGAGCCAGUAAGUUCAUGACUCACGUGGCCUCCCAGUUCGCCUCCAGCUAUGUGUUUUAUUGGCGGGAUUACUUUAAGGACCAGCCUCUUCUGUAUCCCCCAGGCUUUGAUGGAAGAGUUGUGGUGUAUCCCAGCAAUCAGACCUUAAGGGACUACCUCAGCUGGCGGCAAGCAGAUUGUCACAUCAAUAAUCUUUAUAAUACAGUUUUCUGGACACUCAUACAACAGUCUGGGCUAACACCAGUACAAGCCCAAGAGAGAUUACAGGGAACUCUUGCAGCAGAAAAGAAUGAGAUUUUGUUUUCUGAAUUCAACAUCAACUACAAUAAUGAGCCGCCCAUGUAUAGAAAAGGGACUGUGUUAAUAUGGCAGAAGGUGGAUGAAGUCAUGACAAAAGAAGUUAAGCUGCCAGCAGAGAUGGAAGGAAAAAAGAUGGCAGUGACCCGGACCAGGACUAAGCCAGUGCCCUUGCAUUGUGAUAUCAUUGGGGAUGCUUUCUGGAAGGAACAUCUGGAGAUCCUAGAUGAAGAAAGCUGACCCUUUGCUCUUUAGUUCUGGUGUGCUUAACCAUCCAAGCCCACCUCCACCAAGUCUCCUUGCCUUCAGUGGCCCUAACAUCCCUACUGCCCAGAACACUGUGCCAGGAAUGGCAUGGAGUUGGGAGGGGAACAGGGAAAGAGGGGUUGGAUGGGGGCGGUGUAUCUUGUUCUGCUUAAGCAGAACACCUUUUUUUUUUUUUUUUUUUUAAACAGUGUUGGAACAUGGUUCCUUUGGUAGAAGUACAUUUUUUAAAAAAUCGUGGUACUAUUUUUAUAAAGCAAGAGCUGUUUCAUGCCUUGCAGAAUGAAUCAUUUUUAGAUUGUGACAUAAAUCUUAUAAAAACCCGUCAGCUCUUUCCACCUAUGAUAAAAGAGGAGACCAAACUUUAUCACCCACCUGUUCUUAGCUAGAGGACCCAGUGACCUUGAAAAUCUCACCUUUGCCACUCAUCUACUUGUGUUCACCUUAGGCAGAGCUGAAGAUAAAUAUGGGUUAAUGCCUGCAUGAUGCCUCUGAAUUCAGGAAUUACAGGGAAAAUCAGAGCUUUGUGCCAGUCUCCAGGAUGGCAACUUUGGUUGAACAAAUGGGUAGUGGUUUGCAUGUCCUCGGGUACACAUUCUGUGGAUUGAUUUAAUGGAGUUGUCAGGAUGAUGAUGAUCAUCAUCUUCCUGGGGACAUGGUUUCCAAGGCCACUGUGAGAAGAAAGAAUUAUGUGUAUAUAUGAGAGAGAAAACGUGAAAAUGAGUGAGGAUGGAGAACCAUUUACUCCAUGUCCUCCUAGAUACUUUAGUUUUAAAAGUCAUUUUCCUGUGGACUUUCUGAAAAAGAUUUUCAGGUAGCCUCUAUAUAAUCAGAACAAUGACAUUUGAGUUCAAGAGCAGAGGGUUCAACAUGCCCCUGGGGGUCACAGGUAGCAGGUGUCAAAGUCAUAAUAAAGCCACCUGCUGCUGGGUCAGUGGAGGUGGGUGAGGAACAGUAGAUGUCUUUGUUCCUCUUUGCCAAGGUGUUAGCCUCUGAAGGGGGAGUUAGUGGGAGUAGGUGGUGAGAGAACUCCCAUUUCCUCUUGUCCGUGUUUCAUAUUUUAGAGGAAAAAGAUUAUCUGGCUCUAUUAAGAAUUCAUUAAGAGAGACAGCCCAUGUCCCAGUGCCUGGCCUUGCAUUGCAGAAUUUACAGCCAAGAAGAAAAUGUAUUUUUGAAAGGGCGACGGCUGGCCUCAUCCUUCACAAAUUGACACCCCAUCUGUUGGUGCCAUUUUUUUCCUUCCCGUUCUCCCAACUCUUCUGGAAUAGGAGAUACGGUUUUUGUUUGGUAAUUGCUAAAAUCUCCGAGAAAAAAAAAAAGUGUCAACUCCCUU